AUGGCCGUAAAGGAUUUCAAAGUUCCGAUUCUCAAGACGCUAGAUUCUGCACCGGAGGGUGGUUGCUAUCUCAAUGAGGCGGACGGUUACGAAGAAGACUUCCAGGACAGCUUCUGGGGCUCCAACUAUGCACGCCUCUACAGACUGAAUCAGAAGUGGGACCCUGAGAACCUAUUUAUUGUCCGAACUGGCGUUGGUAGUGAGGAUUGGGAUGCCGAAGGAUUAUGUCCUAAAUAG